UGGACAGCUGAUGGGGCGGGCUCAGUGCGGUUUCUCUGGUGACGCUGGCUCCAGCUCUAGGCUUCGGGGAGUUUGUAUCUCCUUCGCACUCAUGUGGCUCGACUGUUCUGUCUGUUUAUUAUUUAUUGUUCAAUCCGGGACAGGGAGCUUCUAGUGGCAGCAGUAACUUUGACUGGGACUGAGCACAUAUGAAUGCCAAAAUGUUGAAAAUUUGAAUCUCAACGGUACAUAAGCGCUAUAAUAGAAAAUGGACAUUGUGACACAUUUUGCCACCUACAUGACGAACAGCCUUUUUGGAAACAAUACAGGAUAUCAUUAUGGAUCUUGCCUAAAGGUGUUGCAGCAAUUUUUGAAGAUGAUUUUGCCACUGGGGUUGUUGAUUUUAUCUGCAUCACAGAUUCAUGUAAGCUUCAUGGUGUAUUUUGUUGCUUUUCUCCACCUAUGGCCUGUGGAAGGUGACAUUAUCGCACAUUCUGUUGAUAACCAAACGCAGAAUUUUGAUGAUCUCCCAUCAAGAUUUGGUUACCGUCUUCCUAAAGAUGGUUUAAAGGGUUUCUUAAUGUAUUCAAGACCAAACAAUGCUUGUGAGCCAAUUAUUUCUCCUCCAAUGACAGACAAUUCCUCAGUCAACUUCAUUGUUCUGAUUAGAAGAUUUGACUGCAAUUUUGAUAUCAAGGUAUUGAAUGCUCAGCGAGCUGGAUACAAAGCUGCCAUAGUACACAAUGUCGACUCCGAAGAUCUUAUUAGUAUGGGGUCCAAUGAUAUUGAUAUUUUUAAACAAAUCACCAUUCCAUCUGUGUUUAUUGGGGAAGCAUCAGCUAAAUACCUUAUGGAAGAAUUUAGCUAUUUAAGAGGUGGCCAUAUAGUGAUACUACCCGAUUUUAGCCUUCCAUUGGAGUAUUAUCUAAUUCCAUUCCUCAUCAUAGUGGGAAUCUGUUUAAUCCUGAUUGCUGUUUUUAUGAUUUCAAAGUUUAUUCAAGACAGACACAGGGCAAGAAGGAACAGGUUGCGUAAAGAUCAGUUGAAAAAACUUCCAGUACACAAAUUCAAAAAAGGUGAUGAAUAUGAGGUGUGCGCUAUUUGUCUAGAUGAGUAUGAAGAAGGUGACAAGCUUCGCAUCUUGCCCUGUUCACAUGCAUACCACUGUAAAUGUGUGGACCCGUGGCUUACUAGAACAAAGAAGACCUGUCCUGUCUGCAAACAGAAGGUGGUGGCAUCUCAGGGAGAAUCCGAUUCAGAAACUGAUGAUGUAGACAGCAGCCAUGAAGAAAACGAUGAUGCCUCCGAGAACACGCCUCUGCUGAGAUCAUCACUAGCCUCCACCAGUGCUCACUCCUUUGGCACCAUGUCAGAAUCUCGAUCACGCCAAGAAGCAGUGGAGUCAUCAGAAUAUGAGGAGGAGGAGGAAGAGGGAGAUAGCAGCGAUGCUGAGGGUGGUGUCAAUGAAGAAACAGUAGUUCAGAUGCAGCAGGAAAACCCUGAAGCCAUUGUUGGAGAGAAAGGAACGAGAGAGUCGGCCGCAAUAGUUUGAUUUAGUUUCUUUUUUUAAAAAAACACAUGAAACCUGCACAUCCUCAAAAACAGUGUCAAAAUUAAAAGUUCAGGAAUUUUUUCCAUUUGCUUUGCCAGUUUAUGCAUUGCAACUUCACAACAUAUAUAUGCAAAUUUUCUAGGAAGUUAAAAUCUUUGCUCAUUUUACUGCAAGAAGGAAGUGCGGCAGCCAUCCAUUGAUUUUUGGUACCCCAAACAUGGUUAACGCCAAGCAGCACUCAUGGUUCCCCCCCAAUCACCGCUGUCCUUUUUGCAAUAGUUGCAGCACCACUGGCAACCUGUAAAACUGUUACAUUAAUCACCCAACCAUGGUAGUGUUCAACAUGUUAUCCCGAUGCUAAGAGAAUGACUAACAAAAAAAAACUUGAAAACAAAAAUGGCUGACUGACUCUUGUUUCUUCAUAAAAUGUUUAAUAUAAUCAUGUUAUUGUAUCAAUUUUCUGUGUGUUCUGCACCAGAACCCAAAAAUCCUCCUAAUUGUUUCAGAUAUGAACAUAUGGUAUGGAUUAAAAUGUGAGUAUAUCUUGCUUUAUUUGCCCAAAUAAGAUUGAUUAAAGUUGAAAUUCUCAACUCAUUUUGGAUUUGGUUUUUAAAUAGGGAAAUUCUGUACCUGGCUUCUUGUUAUAAAUCAACAAUAAAUUUACCCACGUAAUUAAGCAGGAUUUACAGUUAAAAGGCUAAUUUUCUACCGUGCAUUAUGUAUACACUCUCUUUAUUGGUUUCCAGUUUUAUUUUAGUGAUAUUUUGAAUUGUGUUCAUCAAGUAGGAUCCAGUAGGUAGUGCAAAAUAUUUUGUUAUAAUUCCCAAGUUAUAUUUUUAAUUUGAGCUACUUGAACAAACUUUAUUUUCUGUCACUCUGUUCAAACACCUCUCAGCUGUAUGUAUGUACCAUCUUGGUGUAUAAAGAAAAUCUUAAAAUGAAGAUGAUCCUUAAUAAAAAUACUGUAAUGGAAUUGGCUUCCAAACUAUUGCAUGCGAUUGCGAUGGCGGUGCUGACUGGAUGUGACGUGAUUUGCCAUAAUUUGUUUUUUUAAGUUGUUCUCAGCUGGUCACUAAUUGAUCCGUUUGACAGGGAAAUGUGAUCAAAUGUCACAUUGUUAAUGUCAUAUAAUCAAUGGUAUUUCUAUCUCCUGUAUUUCAUCACUGUUAUUUUUUUAUGGGGGACAAUGUGUGCUAUUUUAGUGACAAUUAAUUGUCCGUUCAAAGUACGCAGGAAAAACCUAACUUAUGUUACAAUGUAAUGUUAAGACUAGAUUUGAUAUAUAUUAUGGGCCACAUUAAGCUUCUAGAUAAUCUUUUUAAAUUUUCAAAGAAGUAGACCGUACUUAUAAUUGGAGUGAUGCAACAGAAUGUUGCAUGUUUGGCACGUGUGGAGACAGGGUUUGAAUAUGUUCUUGAUGUCGUUCAUCCAUUUGUACAAGAGAGAAAUGUUGAGAUUUCCUGCAUUACUUGCAAAAAAGUUUGAUCUGUCUUUCAGCAAUCUCCUUGCAACUCCUCCCAAAACGGUAAUAUUUUUUAUUUUUAAAACAGGUGUUGGAUAUGCUAUUUUUGUGUUUGAACCUUGUGAAUUUUAACCUAGAGUAUGUGCCUUGUUCUGCUUGAAAAAAAAUCUGUUGUCAUAUCCCCUCACUGCCAAAAUCAGGACACUAUAAAAUUAUUGAGGAUUUGUUCACUUGAGCUAGCAGUCUAAAUUCAAGCCCAAUGGAAUCCUGGUCCAUGUCAAGUAAAUUUGCUAAGUAAUGUUCUCUUCUGAAGUUGAUAAAUGUAUGUAUGGAUCAGGUAUGGGUUUACUUGUAUUCCACUCUUGUUUCAUGAACAUAGAGCUUCAGAAAUUGGAACAGAAUAUGAGUAAUGUGAGGAAGGGGGAGCACGUUGAGCUUUAUUCAGAUUGUGCAAGCUUCCCAAUAAAGCAAUAGGAGUUAGAGACAACCAGUCUCUAAAUUGUUCAAUGCCUCUCAAAACUAAAACUGAUAAAUCAGACCCUGAGAAAAACUGUUGUUACCUUCCUUAGUGGCAUUUUGUUAGUUUAGCUUGAGAUAUAGAAAAAUAACUUUAAGAAUAAAGUGUACCAGUUUGUAUUUGGCAUGUGUUCUUAACAUAGAAUGCCCGUUUAGCUGAUGUCAUUUCAUACAAGUGAGUUUGAUUAUUUGUUCUUACUUAACUAAGAUGGAUGUUUUAGAAUUCUGACCUGUUGUAAAUUGUUGGCAUAACAUGACUAUUCAACAAACGCCCCUUUGUUUCCAAAUGUAUUGUCCUUAAGUUGUUGGGUAACCUUUCUAUCUAGUGUUCAUAAACACGGGAUGACUUCAUUGUGACACAUGGCUGCAGACUGAUGAACCCCCUUUAAAGAAAAUAAGACUGGCAUGCAUAAAGAUUAACCCUUUCAUGAGCUGCUGCAGUGCUUCAAUGCCAGAUAUGUUAUACUGACCAUUUAAAAAGUUCCAGGAAUCUGUUUGGUUCUGAUGAUAGUGCACUGCUAUUAUAACACAUCUUGCUUCCUCUCCCAAACAGCAGAUUACUUUGGAGUGCAGGGGAUGUUUUAUUUGUGGGCAGUCCAACUUUCAUGUCAAAUUCAUGAGAUUUUUUUAAAUUUUCAUUUAAUUAAGUAUUGCCCAAAUACAGAGCCUUGCACUGAUCAACUUCAGAAGGUUGAAGUGUACUUACACUGUAUUUUGAAAUGUGUUACUUUAUCAUUUAAUAUUGGUGCACGGUUGGGGGGAGGGGCUUCUAGGUUGUAUAGCUCGGUUUGCUGUAAUAAUGUUUGUAAAUUCAUUCAUUCCAUUCAACUAAUUUUGUACUCUAGUUUUAAUUUUUAACCGGAAUUUUUUUAAACUUUAAAUUGAUGUGACUAAGUGGGAAUGUGUCCAAAUAAAAUCCAUAAAAGUCUCUUUGGCUUUGUUCUAUCCCUCCACCCAGUAUCUAUUUUCAUUUUUGAAAACUUUACACUAAGUUGACUCACUCGAAGAUAUUUGAUUUUUUUAAUUUUGAGACACAUUCCCAUAAGUAAAUGUAGACAUUUCAAAGCGUUAACAAAAGAUGAGUUCAUUUCUGAAUUAGUCUUUAUAUAUGCUGUAAAUGUUCAACAGUUGUAAAUAUAAAACACAGCACUCCAAAGCUAUAAUACAAAUGUAUUCUGUUCUCUUUUCAAAUAAAGCUAAGUAUAUUAAA